AUGGCGUCAAAUCAAGUCACUGUGGCAUCUCCGCCGUCGGAUGCCAUUUCCGCCUUGAAGUUCUCGCCCGACCCCAAUUCCACGCGAUUCGUUGUAUCCUCAUGGGACAAACAUGUAUAUCUGUACGAGCUGCGCGACGAGAACGGCAACAUCGGCGAGGGCAAGCUAUUGCAGAAGUUCGAGCACCGCGCACCCGUCCUGGACGUAUGUUUUGGCGAGACGGAGGAUGAGAUCUACACGGCUGGUCUGGACUGGGACGUGAGAAAGAUCGACGUCGCAUCGUCGACGCAAACCGUGCUGAGCAGCCACGACGCAGGCGUCCGGAGCGUUGUCUACAGCAAGGAACACAAACUGGUCAUCUCGGCGUCGUGGGAUUCAACGCUACACGUGCAUCGCGCCGACGGCUCCGACCCGAUCCCCGCGACCAUCCCGCUCCCCUCCAAGCCCUUCUCCAUGUCUCUCACCGCCACGAAACUCGUUGUUGCCAUGGCCUCGCGCGCCCUCCACAUCUACGACCUGAAGGCGCUGGCCCUCCUCACGGCGCAGUCGGAGGCCGACGGCGCAAACAAGGUCGAGGUGGAGCCGUGGCAGCGCCGCGAAAGCAGUCUGAAGUUCAUGACCCGCUGCGUGGCGUGCAUGCCCGACGACGCCGGGUACGCCUCGUCGAGUAUCGAGGGCCGUGUCGCGGUCGAGUGGUUCGAUCCAUCGCCUGAGUCGCAGGCCCGCAAAUACGCUUUCAAGUGCCACCGGCAGACGGCCGACGAUGUCGACGUCGUGUAUCCCGUCAACUCGCUUGCGUUCCAUCCUGUUCAUGGCACGUUUGCGUCUGGGGGUGGUGACGGCGUGGUCGCGCUGUGGGACGGUAUUGCGAAGAGGCGAAUCAGACAGUAUCAGAAGUACCCGUCUAGCAUUGCGGCGGUAGAUUUCAGUGGGAACGGUAAGUAUUUGGCUAUCGCUGUGAGUCCGGGCUUUGAGGACGGGAAGGAUGAUGUGGUGGAAGGCACGGUGAAGAUCUUUGUGCGCGAAUUGGGUGAGACAGAGGCGAAGGGGAAGGGUGCAAAAUAA